CAUUAUACUUCAGUACGACCGAGAGCCUAAAGUGUGUCAACUGUCGCUGUAUGGAGUUCAAUUACUUGUUUACGAUGGCAACAAGAUGGCGCUGACUUUUUAGUCUAACAAUGAAGCUGUGUGCCCGUUAAUGAAGACCACAGAUGGAUGCAACAUAACAAACUAAGGUCUACCCAUCUGAACUAUUUCUUCUCAUUAAAAGAUUAAAAUAACCACAAACAUGCCACCCUUCCAGCGUGGUGCUCCAGAUCUUCUGGAUGCUGAUGUCAGCUUUUCUCUGGAGCGUCUGUUUGACCAUCAUAAUAUGGAUCACAUCCCUGAGGGUAAAAGGCUUGAUGGAUUCCAACAGAGAGAUCUUGGUCAUAUUAAAGGCUACAAAGCUGCAGUGAGAAUAUUUGGAGGCCCGCUCAGCAGGAAACGUAUUAUUGUCGCUCCACCUAUGGAGACACCAAUGAAACACAGACUUGGCGUAUAUCACAACAGGAAAUCUCCACCUCCGUCAAUAACCUUGAACUCUGGCUUAGAGCCACAGACUCCCCCUGAAAAAAAGCCAUCAGUGGAGGAAGUGGAAGCGAAGAAGGAAAGGGAGAAAUGUGAAGAGUAUCAGCAAUGGAUAAGUGAUCGUAAAAAACUUCGACAAGAUUUAAACAGCAUUGGUCUGAAUGAUAAAUGGCUUCAAGGAAAAUCAAAGAAAACAGUGUUGGAGACACGUGUUAUGAAUAGGAUGAAAGAAGAGAGGAAUGUUAAGCCAGAGGAGCCAGUAAUUAAGGAACCCCGUCCUACAGUGACUCAGGCUCCUCCUGUCCCAGUGAUGAAGAUCCCUUCCCCUCAUGGACUGCAGGUCUUGGAUGAGCAUCUCAAUAAAAAGAGACUCAGGCUCUUGGAUCUUUUCCGGCUGGUUGACAAGGACAAAAAUUGGUCUGUGUCUAAGGAUGAAUUUGCCAAAUGCAUAGAAGAGGCUGAGCUUGACAUCACGGAGAAAGAGUUGGAAGACCUGGUUAUCUCCCUUGACUCUGAUCUGACUGAUGAAGUAGACUAUCGUGAGCUGGCCAGGGGGAUGCUGGUAUGGAAGAGAGAGAGGCGAGAGAAGAAGAGAGAGCUGUUAUCUCAGAACUCAGGAAGCUCUUCAAACAGAAGUCGCUCAGGAUCUCCAGCAACAUCAAGAGGUGGAAGAUCACCGAGUUCAUCAUCCAAGAAUUCACAUCGUAAUCAAGGUGAUGAAACUAUUGCUAAGCAUCCAGUAGACAGAGCUUUCGACAGAACUGUGACAGCCGAAGGCCGACCAACCUCAAACAAAAGUAGCAACAGCAGUGAGCGAUCAAGGGGCGGUAACUCUACUCCCCAGUACCUCGAGCCCCCUUCUGGUGACACAAGACUGGAACAGAUGAUCUUAUCAUCAGAUGAGGCUAUGGUUGACCUUCGGAAACAUGAUCACGUGGUACUUGCAAGGGCCCUUUCAAAAAGACAGUCUUCUGCAAGCAAGAGAGAUUCGUCCAUGUCACCAAGCCCCCCUGCCUCUGUCAUCAAGAUCGGCAAUAAGGCAAUAGACAACCACUCGCUCGUCUCCACCAUGGGAGGGGAGAUCGGUGAGAUGGUGAAUCGCUUCCGUCAGCUGCGACUCAAGGAGUACUAUGAUGUUGUUCGUAUGUGUGAGGAGAAGGGUGUUCCCCUGACACGCCAUGUGUUAGACAGAGUUCUGUUGUAUCCACCUGACCUUCCCCCUGGGAGCAUCAAGAGACGGGUGUCCCAGCCUGGACAGAAACUGCUCUCCACCCGCUUUGCUAUCUCCCCCAAACCUCAACGCCAACCACUGGAGGUCAGACACAAAGACAAGAUGAAACGAUCCAAGAGCGGGCAACUCAUGAUCGACAGCCGUCAUAGAUACCCAAGAGGAUCUAAUGUGACCCAGUCUGUUUCCAAGGAGACUCUGUCAACUGGACGAGCUUUGAUCAGUCGUAAGAUUGAUUGCUGGAUGUCUUUUGAGGAAUAUGAGGAGCUCACUAGUCAUUUGGCAGUGCAGUACAAGCAGCUCCAUGGCAACGUGGACCACAAUGCCUUCUGGCCUGGUCACCUCCUCAACAAGCUGCGUCUGUGUAUGCCGACCUCCAACGAUGGUUCCCAGGCUGUGUUCUACAACACAAAACAACCGAAGCGUUCCAACCCAGGAUAUCACAAUGACCUCCAGACUUGGCCGGUUGGGCAAGAAGGUCAUGUGAUGUACGCCCCCUAUGAGCGCCACUACAGGAACCCCUGAAAGGGUUCUGGAUAUUUGUUGUGUGUUGUACAGUGUGUAGAAAUCUCCAGAUUAUGAGGCUGUGAUAUUUUUGCCAAAGAUGAAGAAAUUUUUGAUUUUCUAAAGAAGUUGAAUGUAUUGUACAUGAUGAACCAACCAUGAUACAGACAUUAUAUUGUGUUUUUUCGAUAAUUCAUAUUUCAUAUAUAUGUACCAGGUAUUUUACAUCUAAACUCAAAUAUAAAAGAUGAUUGUUUUCUACCCAAAACAAGAGAAAUAAAGCAAUUUUAUUCUA